UGCUCUGAUCGAUCUCUCUCUCUCUCUCACACACACAUAUGGAAGCCCUUGCACGGUCUCUGUUUACCCCCAAGAUCUCAGAGACGUACCCACAUCUCAAUAGUCCGUCGUCUUCGAUCAGAGCACCAAGUAAGCGAAUUGGGUCUCUCAAAAUCUGCGAUACUCCUCAGUUUCCUGGGCUUCGUGCUUUCGCUCUCGCACGUGAGGUUUCUGGUGGUGAAGGUGACGAGAGUACGCCUUUGAAUAAUGGGUUUGGCUUUGUUUCUGAAGAAAGUUUGUCUUUGUCUCAGGUUAAUUUAGGUCACACUCAAAGUAGUGGGAAGGAAGUGGAUGAGGAACUAAAAGCGGGCAUGCCUCUUCCAGCCCCAGGUGGAAGUGUAGCAGGAGGGGGAACCCGAGCUGGGCUUUUUAGGACCCCAAUUUCUGGUGGAGUGCAGAGUGCAACCUCAGCUCAUGGUUUACCUCGACCAGCCUUAGCAGUUCGCAAUCUGAUGGAGCAGGCCAGAUUUGCUCAUUUGUGCACUGUGAUGUCUCGGAUGCACCACAGACGAGAAGGGUAUCCGUUUGGUUCUUUGGUAGAUUUUGCACCUGAUUCAAUGGGGCAUCCAUUAUUUUCAUUUUCACCAUUAGCCAUCCACACACGGAAUUUGUUAGCCGACCCAAGAUGCACACUUGUUGUGCAGAUACCUGGAUGGAGUGGCUUGUCAAAUGCAAGGGUAACUAUUUUUGGUGAUGUCUACCCACUUCCAGAGAAUCAACAGGAAUGGGCUCAUAAGCAAUACAUGGCAAAGCAUCAACAAGGGCCUUCUCAACAGUGGGGGAACUUCUACUAUUUCAGGAUGCAGAACAUAAGUGAUAUAUACUUUAUUGGAGGCUUUGGCACUGUUGCUUGGGUAGAUGUCAAUGAAUAUGAGACCCUUCAACCUGAUAAGAUUGCAGUUGAUGGAGGCGAGCAAAACCUAAAGGAACUGAAUGCAAUCUUCUCAAAGCCCCUGAAAGAGCUUUUGUCCACUGAAACUGAGGUAGAUGAUGCUGCUCUCAUAUCAAUAGACAGCAAGGGAACUGAUAUUCGGGUCCGUCAAGGAGCACAGUUCAACAUACAGAGGAUAUCAUUUGAAGGACAUGCUGUUGAAACGUUAGAGGAAGCCAAGGAGGCUCUUUGGAAACUAAUAAACAGAGGCCGGGUAUGCAAUUUGCAGAAAUAAAAGUCGGAUUGUAUUUAGCGCAUCCAAGUUCUUCCUUCUGAGAGACAAGAUCAGUAAAGAUGAUUGAUAAUGAGUCUCACAGUUGAGAAAUAAUCCAAUUCUACUAUUUUCUUUUUGGAUUUACAAUCUUUGUAAAACUUGUAGGCCUUGUGAUUUGGGUCUCUGUGGAUCAUUAUUUACGCCACAGUAUUCAUAGAAUUUUUGGUUAAGUAUAUGUUCAAAUUUCUCUUUUAGGUCAAGCUGGACAUGCCUUGAGCAUUUUGUAAGAAAAUAACUGAAGACUAUAUAUAAAACAUCGUUGGGGAAAGCCACAA